AUGACGCGGUGCGGAGAAGGCAAGUGGCAUGCUGAAAGUGUGGGGGCCUAUGCCGUCAGAGGCCUACAGAGAGACCGCAUAUGGACCAGAGUCACAUCAAAUACAGCUCUCCUUACUCCCCACCGCGAGCACAGGGAGACGCCUCGAGAGCGCAAGUCCUCAAAUCAUGGAUCGCUCCACUACAACACACGCCUUGGCUCGCGUUCCCCAUCCUCAAUACCCUCCUCCCCAACUUCAGCUCAUUCGUCGACAAGUGCCAUUUUCGAGCGCGACAUUGAGCCAAUCGGCCCACCCUCACCCCCCAAUCCCACCCACCCUUUCAAUCCGCAUCGGACGGCCCGUUCCAAAGGCACUGAGCAGCUCGAGCAGAGCGUUCCCUCGGUGCUCGACAGCGCCGCCGCCGUCCUUACCGCAUCCUCGCCAGCCGAAGAGGAACAGAUCGCCGUUGUGACCCCCGCGCGCGACACGCGCAGCGGAUUUGCGAGCCCUAUCGGCAGUCUCAGGAGUCGCAGCCCCAGCCCGACCAGCUCCCGAUCGCCUUCGUACACCAUCAACCCCGGUCCAACCAGUCGCACGAGCAGCCUGCUCCUCAGCAUCCCUACCGCCCCUUCGCUAUCGCCGACUGCGGGUAGUCCGACACAGCCACAGGCACCAAUGCGUCCCAUGGCUGGCAAGGCCAGUCCCGUGGUGGGCACUCCCACCUCGGCGUACUACUCGAUGGUCUCGGAAGAGUCCUCCCCUACGACGACCACGGUCGAGCACCCGCCCCCUUCGGAACUCUCCCCGCCCAUCUCGGGUCUGCCAGUUGUCUCAACGCCCACCGCCUCCCCUAGAUCCCUUCUCACCGCCGCUCCUGCUAUCAGUACCGCUAGUCCCGGCGCGAGUGCUUCCCUCUCCACUUCGCCUUCCUCUGGCUUCAUGGCCGGUUCUCCGAUGGCCGGCCACCCGCUAAACCUUUCCCACCCACCUUCACCCUCGAACAACGCGUCGAAGCGGCUCUCGUUUAUGGCGUACAGCGACCUCCUCGCGUCUACGCCGUCGUCCCUCGCGCCGUUGUCGUCGUUCACCAGCGGCGCGGGUGCCGUCGAGGCGCCCCCGCAUCUUCCCAGCGUCAGCGGUUUCAAGCAGGCGCCGGCGCACGGUACCGCGAGCGCGUCGGCCAGCCCUGUGGGGUCUAUGCGUGGGCCGCCUGGAAAUAGGGACAGUGUGGUAUUGCUGGACAGUCUUGGCGGCGAGUGGGAACGUGAGGGUCUCGGACGUGGCUUGGAGGAGAGGCUGGAGGCGCUGAUGACUGUGCCUGGCCGGGCAUGAUUCUUGCGGACAUCGCUCGAGGUGCCAGCUCUGCUCGCCUGGGGCCCCUGUUCAUUGUUGUAACACGCUGAAGCUGAAGACUAGAAGAAAGAAACGAAGAAGAAGAAAAGAAGAAAGAAGAAGCCUGUUCCUGCAAACUGUUUUGUUCAUCUUAUCGCUAUAUCUAUCAUAUUGCACCUGUAUUAAUUCCCCAAGCUCUUCGCCAACCCCGGAUCCUUUUCCCCUCCCCUCCACCAUGCAACGCCUCGCGUCGCCGCCCUCUAUCUAUGCCGUCGAUGUCGCUGUCCAC